AUGGUUGCUUGGGAAAAGCAUCACUGCUGUGCGGGCAGAAUCCAGGAUAUUUUAUUGAAAUUCAGGAUUGCUCUGGCCUUCUUUUUACUUCAUUUGUUCCUGGCUACAGCAAGCAAAGAUCAGGAGGAUUUCCUAGGACGAUACAAAGCGGUCUUUAAGACUGAAUGCGAAGAUCCUUGGAUUCUGUCACCAAGAAUUUCUCUGCUUCCUUUGAAAGAAUUCAUUGUCUGUGUGUUCCUCAAGCUAAACUCCACAAAUAGGCCAUGGACAGCAUAUGUAUAUAAUCAAGAAACACUUAACAGUAAUCUCUCAGCAAAUAGGUAUGAUCUUGGACUUAUGGGAGAUCAUGAUAAAUUAAGAAUAUGGUUGUUUGGAAAUGAAAUUAAUAUGACAGAGAGGCUUCGUGAAAAUACCUGGUACGAAAUAUGUGUCCAAUGGAAAAGUGAAGAUAAGGAGGUGAAGUUAUUCGUAAAUGGAAUAAAAAAAAGAAACAAAAAACUAGCCGAGAAAAAGAGUCUCCCUGGAAAAGGGCAGUUCUUGCUUGGCUGUUCAAAGCUGCCAGGUACAACCACAUCACCUGAUAUGGGAAUGACUGGGGAGCUCUACAUGUUCAGAAUGUGGGAUAAGGCAAAUAUAAAACACACCCAGACCUGCAAAGAUGGCAGUAUUAUAGGCUGGAGGAAGAAGGAUUGGAUCUCUAAGAAGACAUUUGAAGAUAACUCUUUGCCUUGUGGUACAGAAGAAACUACCAGGCAUGCAGGAACAAUAGAUACAACAACCACUGAUGAUAUGUCUUCAGAAGAAACUACGCAAACUGCAGAAACUCUUAUUUCCACUGAUUAUUAUUCCACUAUAAUAUCAGAAACAAUGCCAGGAGAAACCAUUUUAUGCAACAUAUCAACUUCCUGCAAUUUUUCAGUCUUUUAUGUGGGCCAGGCAAAACUUCAGGCAAGUGAAGAAAGAAGUAACACGUCAGUAAAUGUAGAAAUAAUWAAUAACAUAACCACCAGCGAUCACAUUGCAAAAUUAAUUCCCAUUGUGAAACCUACCCAACAAGAAAUGAAAAUUUCAGAGUUCAACAAAACCUUGCAAGAAAUGAGUGAGUCCUCUGUUAUGGAAUGCAGAACAGAAAACCAGAGUGUACAUUGCAGUUUCAUAAUAAAGCUGACUAAGAAAGAGAAUAUAACCAGUUUAAAAGACAAAAAAGAAAUAAGUCAGAUUGAUGAGUGCUGCUGUUCAUCACCAAAGUACUGUUCUUUGUCUGCUGAAGAAUUACAAAAGUAUACUAUACAAGUGCCAUCUCAUUCUAUAUGGGCCCCUUUCUCACUUCCUCCUUUUCCCCCUAAAAGAAAUCCUUUUCUUUCCCCCACUAUGCUUUCUACCAAACAGGACUCCCAAGUUAAACCACUGAUCACUCCAUUCACAGGAAUUGAUGCUUCUGGAACUCUUUCCACAUCUCCCACCACAAGUCCUCUCUCUGAUCCUUCUACCACAGAUACUACUGUAACUUCUGUGCCUUCCACCAGUGCCAUCWCUAGACUUCCCUCUUUUGCUCAGCCUGACAUGCCAACUUUUCUGUCUACACCUGCUUCAAAAUCUGGCACUAAUGUUGCUCUCUCGAUUAAAUCUGAUGCUACAUAUCCUAGAAAUGUUGUUUCUAGUUUCAUUAAACCUACAACAGGUUCCUCUUUUGAGCCGCCCCCACCUCCCAUAGCAAUUCCCCCCUCGGAGAGUACCACCAGAUCUGUCACACAAAUUCCUUCUGCUACGGUUUCUACCAAAUCUGUCUCCAUUAAUAAAAGUGUUACUGCAGCACCCAUUCUUCCCAUUACUCCUUUCACAACAUACUUGAUCCCCACUGUUAGUCCUGCCAGACAUUCUGCCUCAGCUUCUUCUCGUCCUAAUUCUACAAAUGUUGGCCAUGGCAGCCCACCUCAUGGAAACACAGGAAAGAUACUAUCAGCUGCCACAUAUCCAACUUCCAUUUAUACUACCGUUAAUAUCACCACAGCUGAACAAAUCGUUUCCAAAAUAGAAAAGGACUUAGCAGAUGGAAAAGUAGAGCCAAAAGAUGUAGAAAGGAUGGUUGGUGAAGUUAGCAAAAUCUUGACUGCUUCUCAACCAUUAUCACCCCGAAUUUCCAACAGAAUAAUAAAACUUGUGGAUUAUAUUGGCCUAAAAUUGAACUUUUCAGCCAAGUCUGCUGAUUUUUCUUCCCCUUCCUUGGCUCUGGCAGUAGUCAAAACCAACAGCAUGCACUUCAGCCAAAUGUCCUUUGCUGUCCAGGAUUCAUCUGAUCUCCAGAUCUCUUUAGGUACUGAAGCACUUUAUGACUUAAACAAUCUUGGAGCUAUUACACUUCCUUCGUCAUUGCUGACAAAUUUACCUCCUGAAGAGUUGGACUUGGCUUCUAGAGUUAUAUUCAACUUUUUUAAAAAGACCACUGUGUUCCAGGAUCCUUCCCUAAAGAAUGCAUCUUUAAUCAGCAAUGUUAUAUCAUCAAGUGUUGCUAACCUCUCACUUAGCAACUUGAAGGCAAAUGUUACUGUCACUUUACAGAAUAUCAAACCCAACCAGGAUAAUUCAUCAGUUAGAUGUGUUUUUUGGGACUUUAAUAGAAAUGGUGGACAUGGAGGCUGGUCAUAUGAGGGCUGCGUAGUUAAAGAAAGCAGAGCAAAUGAAACAGUCUGUUCGUGCAACCACCUCACAAGUUUUGCUGUUUUGAUGAACUUGUAUGGAAAUACUCCUCUAAAUCCCACACAAGAAUUGGUACUGACAUUUAUAUCCUAUAUAGGCUGUGGCCUCUCAGCAAUUUUUCUUUCUAUUACUCUUGUGACCUACAUAGCCUUCGAGAAAAUCCGAAGAGACUACCCCUCCAAAAUCCUUAUUCAACUGUGUGCUGCGUUGCUUCUGCUCAACCUGGUUUUCCUCCUUGAUUCCUGGAUUGCUUUGUAUGAUACACGAGGCUUGUGCAUUGCAGUUGCUGUAUUUCUUCACUAUUUUCUCUUGGUUUCCUUCACUUGGAUGGGCCUAGAAGCUUUCCAUAUGUAUCUUGCUCUUGUGAAGGUCUUUAAUACCUAUGUACGGAAAUAUAUCCUUAAAUUUUGCGUUGUUGGUUGGGGGGUACCAGCAGUAAUUGUGGCCAUUGUGUUGGCAGUGUCGCCAGAAAAUUAUGGGCUUAUAUCAACUGCAACAUUUUCAAACAACAGACCAGAUGAAUUCUGCUGGAUUAAAAGCAGAAUAGCCUUCUAUAUUACUGCUGUGGGAUACUUCUGCGUAAUAUUCCUGAUCAAUAUCAGCAUGUUCAUUGUUGUGCUGAUCCAGCUCUGUCGCAUCAAAAAGAAAAAACAGCUUGGCACUCAGAGGAAAACGAGUAUUCAGGACCUCAGGAGUGUUGCUGGUCUCACAUUUUUGUUGGGAAUUACUUGGGGAUUUGCUUUCUUUACGGUAAAUGAGGUAUUUACAUACCUCUUCACCAUUUUCAACACUCUGCAAGGGUUCUUCAUUUUUAUCUUCUAUUGUGUAACAAAGGAAAAUGUUCGUAAACAGUGGAGAAGAUAUCUUUGUUGUGGRAAAUUCAGACUAGCUGAGAACUCUGACUGGAGUAGAACUGCUACUAAUGGUUUAAAGAAGCAGACUGUAAAUCAAGGAGUAUCCAGUUCUUCCAAUUCCUUACAAUCAAACAGUAACUCCACUAAUUCUACAACACUGCUAAUGAACAAUGAUUAUUCAGUGCAUGCAAAUGGCAAUGGUUUUCAUGUUCGGGAAGCUUCCAUUGGGUAUCACGUGGCUGAACCUGCAGAUCCCAACCUUGAGGAACAGAAUUAACCUUUCUCAAUUAGUGCCAGAAUAGUCUUAACUCUCUUCAGGUCCUGCCCUAGCAGUAGGGCUUAGCUAUUUUGAACAUCUCUUCUAAAAUCAAUCAAAUGCAAUCAGGCAGAGGCUGAAGCCUUUACAAAUGUAUAAUUACAGCAUCAGCAAGGACAUGAUUUGAAUUGAUUAACAAAACUCUCUUCUGCUUAUCUUACCUGUUUGUAUUUGUUCAUGUUUUAAUGCUUGAUGGCCUUUUACCUUUAACUUCRUAUUUAAAAGUUUUUUGCAUACUCUGGAGGUGUUGCUUCCUUUUUGCAAGUCCAGAGGCAACUCAAUAGUUUAGCAUGGGGUUGUGACUCU